GGACUCUAAAUUCGCUUGCGAGGAAGGCAAGCCAACAGUUAACAUGGCGGCCGGUUACGCUUGGUUUCUUGUGCUUGGCUCGGUUUUUCUUUGCAAUCUCAUGAAAACGCUCUUGCCGAGCAUUUCUUCGUUUCUCUCCAAGAUGGUGCAAAAAGAUGCUGAACAGGAGAAUGAGAUGAGGGCUGAAAUCCAGGCGAUGAAGAAAGAGCAGUCUUCAAUUAGUAUGAUGGAUGAAUUUGCUCGAUAUGCCCGGUUAGAGCGCAAAAUAAACAAGAUGACGGAUAAGCUCAAAACACAUGUGAAAUCAAGGACUGCACAACAGGCCAAAAUGAAAUGGGUUGUCAACAUCGUCUUUUAUCUACUGCAGGCUGUUUUGAUGAUCUCUUUAAUUUGGAAGUAUUACUCAGACCCAGUAAUAGUGGUUCCCAGUAAAUGGAUUGCCCCUGUUGAACGUCUUGUCGCUUUCCCAACUGGAGUCGCAGGUGGAGUGGGAAUUACAUGCUGGUUGGUAGUUUGCAAUAAGGUGGUAAUGCUGGGACUGCAUGCCUUCAACUAGAAACUGGUGAUACAAUAGUAAAGUUCCAGUAAAUAUUCUGGUUUAUGUUCAUCUACAUAUACUCUCUCAUUUGGUCUGCAUGAGGAAAAACACAAGCAUGCACAUGCAGCACAUUUAGCGUUGACUGUUCUGCUGUUUUUUUAGUACUGGUAAGUUUACAAUUUGUUGAUUUGCUGCUUUGUAAUUUUUUUUUUUAAUGAACAAGUUAUGAAAAGGCUUUUAAUAAAAACAUCUACAAAAUAAUA